AUGGACAUAUCAUGUCAUGGAGGAGUUUAUUCAGCAAAUCAUCAUCAACAACAACAACAACAACUCCCGACAUUAUACGAUCCACAAAUACCCACAACCUCAUAUGAGCAAUCAUCAUUACCAAACAUUCCACAACCUCAUCAUCCAGCAGGUUACUACGAUUCAUCGAUACCACAUUAUCCCGCACCUCGUGUGCCAUAUCCAUCGAUAUCAAUGCCAAAUAGUCCAAUGAGGACACAAAUAAAAUGUGAACCACAACAACAACAACAACAACAAUCACAACCAUUACCACAGUAUUCGGAACGGAUGACAUCAACGGUUGAUAAUCGGAAGAUAAUGAAUACUCAAGCUUGGAUGAAUGAUCAUCGUUUCAUCAAUUAUCCCCAAGAACAACAACAGCACUACAGGACCGGAUCGGCGCCUUCAUCAGUAAUGUCAAUGUCUCGAAUGAGUCAUAUAAGUAGUGCGACAGAAGAUAUGAGUAUGUUAAGUGUCAAUACACAAAUUACCGAACUCAGGCAACUAGCUGAUUUGCGAGCGCAAAUGCAUACAUCAGCACCAUCAUCCUCAUCAUCUUGUGUGGAAAAUAUGGGACCAGAUCAUAUUAAAUUUAUUGAAACUGUCAACAAAUAUAUUGAAAAAAUAACUGCUCAUGUAAACAAUAUUGAUAAGAAAGUAGCACAAGAAAUGGUACGUGCUGUAUUUAUGAUGGCAACAAGGAAUGAUUUUGAACGAGCUGAUAUUGAUAAAUUGGAAAAAAUGAUGAAAACUUUGAUACAACGGUGGUUACGACAAAAUGAUACCGAAGAUGAUGUUGUAGAAACAGUUUUACGGAUAAUGACACGAUUCUCUGCUGAUGGUAAAACGAAACAAAUUAUGUCAAAAUGGAUGAUACAUUAUCCGGACGAAUUACUUGAAACAUUUGUACGAUGGAUGGAUCCAGCACAAAAAUCUUGUAAAUAUGCUUUAAAUACCGUACAUUCAUUGGUCGGAAUGGUGGAACGACAUCGAUAUGGAAAAGAUAUUAAAGAACAAAUCCUUGCUCGUACUACACGUGUUAUGAAAGAAAUGGAUGAAAAAGGUGAUCAAUACUUCAUCAAUACGUAUAAAUCAAAACAAUAUGUUUUUGAUCUUGUUCGACGUGUUUUUAAUGGUAGCGAUACAUGGAGGCAAUCAUUCGAAUUAAAAGGUGGCAUUCAACUUUUACUACGAUUACUAAAGAAGGAAGGAAAUGAAUCGGUAGUGUAUAGAAUAGUUCGGGCAAUUUUUGCUAUGGUUUGCUCAACUGAUCUUUCCUACGCUAAGAAAUUUGUUCAACUUGAUGGAGUCAAGAUCAUAUCAUAUCUUUUGGCAAAUCCAAAUUGCUCUGAACGUGUUGCACUUGAUGUAAUGCUUUGCUUACGAGUUGUUAGUGAUGUAGAUGGUGUAAGAAAUGCUGAUUUACGUGAAACAAUUAGUCGUACACUUAGUAUGAUGGGUGUUUUUCGUAAUAAUCCAUAUUUUUUACAUGUUGGAUUUGAUUUUCUUGGAAAUAUAUCAGCAACAUGUAAUGGUAGCUCUAAUGCUAAUAAGGAUUUCAUAGCUGAUUGUGGUAUUAUCGAAGGAACGAUCAAUUUAUUGCAAACAUACUACAAAAGACGUGAUGAAACUGUUGUGAAAAGUUUAAUUUCCUCAAUGCUAUGGUCAUUACACGUUUUUACGGGUGGUUGUUCUUCACCGGAACGUAAUAUUAAUGUCAGGAAACGAUUGAUAACAUUUGAAGGAGCUCCAAGUUUACUUCUAUAUGAACUUGCUCAUCCCGUUGAUCUCAGUUCACGUCUACACGUAAUGAGCUUAUUCGCACGAUUGGUAGAUGCAGAUCAAUUAAAUCAUCCUCCGAUACUGUUUGAUAUCAGCGUUGAUAAUAAUUCUUUAACUGAUGUUCUGUUUGAAAUUAUCGCUACAACUGCAAAUACUAUGGAAGUAUGA